GUGCCUCGGUCAUAACAACAUUCCAGUGUUCCUUUCCAGUUUCCUUUUCGUUCAAAGUGACUAUUUCAACUAGAGUGUAUUGACCUUGACGUUUGAUCGCCAUAUUCCUCUCCAGAUCACCAUUUGCAAGCAUGUCGGGUUCGACGGUCCCAAUGGGCCAGUAUCUCUUCAGGAGGAUUAAAGAACUGGGCACUGAACACAUCCUCGGUGUUCCAGGAGAUUUCAACCUAACUUUACUCGACGAGAUUUACAAUGUUCCCGGUCUCAAAUGGAUUGGUUGUUGCAAUGAACUCAACGGUGCCUACGCGGCUGAUGGUUACACGCGGAUCAAGGGGGCACCAGGCGUGUUGAUUACGACCUAUGCCGUGGGAGAGCUAUCGGCCAUGAACGGUGUUGCUGGAGCAUAUGCAGAACACGCAGGCAUGAUCCAUAUCGUUGGCAUGCCAGCGAGAGCCAUGCAAAAGGCCCGAGUCAUGCUUCAUCACACCAUGGAACCAAACAUGGACCAUGCAAUCUACAUCAAGAUGGCCGAUCCUAUCCGCAAAGACCAUGCAUAUCUGAUGGAAGACAAUACCAUGGCGGACGACAUCGAUCGAGUUAUCGUCUCCUGCAUGCAUAGUCGGCUACCAGUCUACAUCUAUGUUCCUACAGAUGUGGUGUCGGUCCAACUGGAUGCCAAACGUCUAGAAACACCACUAGACCUGACGCUCCGCAACCCCGACGCAAAAACUGAAGACCAGAUUGUCCAGAAGAUCCUCUCUUCGGUCGCCACAGCAUCGAAUCCCUCUAUCCUCGCAGACGUACUUGCUAUCAGGCAUGGAGGUCUCGAUUUGACCAAGAAACUUGCCCAGAUCACCCAUUUUCCCAGUUUCUCAACGCCUUUGUCCAAGGGGGUCAUUGACGAGACAGCUUCAUACUAUUACGGAUUGUACAAUGGUCAAGCAUCAUUCCCUGGAGUGGCGGAGGCGGUCGAAAAGUCCGACUUGGUUAUCAAUCUCGGUCCACUGUUGUCGGAUUCGAAUACGGGCGGCUUCACCAGACAAAUCAAAGACGAGAACCUAGUGCGUCUAGGGCACGAUUUCGUGCAGAUAAAAGGAGAAAAGUAUGAUGGAUACCAUUUCUUGCCUAUCUUGCGGCGCCUAGUUGCAGAAUUGGAAAAACAGCCGCAAAAGUACAAUCUGCCUCGCCCACAAAAUGGUCAGAAGGUUCCGCCGCCAGUCCUGAACGACUCUAAAUCAGGACAACUGAAACAAUCCUUUGUCUGGCAGAGACUCGGCCGUUUCCUCAAGGACAAUGACAUCGUCUUGGCGGAAUCUGGCACCGCACAGUUCGGCAUGCCUGAUGCCACCUUCCCCCCGAAUGCCAGAUACAUUACACAGAUUUUCUGGUCGUCUAUCGGAUACACCGUUGGCUCGUGCCUGGGAGCACUCGUGGCUGCCAAAGAGAUGAAGUAUCCCGGGCGUGUCGUACUCAUCGUCGGUGAGGGUAGUAUGCAAAUGACUGUGCAGGAGAUUGGUACUUAUCUUCGCUAUGGCUUCAAACCGAUCAUCUUCGUCAUCAACAACAACGGAUACGCCAUUGAAAGGGCCAUUCACGGUCCUGAGCAGGGUUACAAUGAUGUCAGUAUGCUGUGGGAUCAUCAGAAAAUGCUCGAGUUCUUCGGGGCGAGAGAGGAGACGGGUAUCAAAGCCAAGAGCCGAGCUGCGAAGACCGUCGAGGAUCUCGAAGCUGUUUUGAACGACAAGGACUUUGGGAGUGGAGAAAUGGUCCAGCUCUGUGAAAUUUUCAUGGACACCUUUGAUUACCCCUGGAGGUUGUCGAAGCAGUUGGAGAUUGCGCGAGCACGUAUGAAGCAGGAGGCUGCAAAGAGCAAUGUUACGGCUGGUUGAAGUGACUUUGCUUUUUAGACAUGGUCAACAUGAUUUUACCAAAAGGCUUAUUCGACUCGUCAAUACAGAUAGCAUAUAGUAUAACCCUGUAGAUUAUCUUGUAAGCUAAGCGUCUUACGUCAAUU